AUGGUCGUGGCGAUACCACGUUGUGCGACCGAGACUCGCUGUGGUGAUGGCCCUGCGGGAGCUGCACUUGCGCUGACGCUUUCGCUCGUGUCUUAGUUCCUCAACAGCGAUGUUACAGGUGAAGAGCCCUCUGUUUCGAGCCCAUCUAUGACAAUCCCGGCCUCUAUUCGUGCAGGGUGGGAUGGUCGAGCGAUCAAGCUCCUAACCAGAAGCAUGACGUCAUAG